UAUCCAUUCAUUCCUGGCCACGAGCUCUGUUUCUUCGCUGCUCUCCCUUUGUAGUGCCUUCCUCUCUAGUCUCCAUGAGCUCUUAUCCCUGCUGCUACUUCUCAGACGAGCUUACCUUGCUCUCCCUCUCUCCAUGCGACGCAAGCUCUUUCUCCAUUCGAGGAAGCUAGCUAGCAGGCGCAGCCUGGAGGCAUCCCGAGCGCAGCCUAGCGUGCGCUAUCACGGGCAUAGGACAUCACGUGCAGGCGCAGGGCUCGCUGCUGGCAAUGGGCGCUUGUUGUCGACGGCGUGCGCUGCGGUGUGCGGCUGCCAUUUUCAGAGCACAGAGAAGCGCGGCGCGGCCAAGACAAAGGGAUGAAGGUGUGGGACCAGCAGAGCGUAGGGAAGAAUUGGGAGCUCAUCGCAGCAGUGGGAAUAUGGCUCCAGAUGCAGUCUCACGCGUGAGGAGCACCGGCUCAGCACACUUCAGCUGCAGCUUCCCUUCCAUCAAGGCCUCCUCGUCAUCUGCUAGGAACAUCGGGCCGCUGAGGGCGAUUGCUACAGAGUCACCCCCUGCUGUCCCACAAUAUUCGAGUGGGGAGAAGACGAAGAUUGGCAUCAACGGGUUUGGACGGAUUGGCAGGUUGGUCCUGCGAAUUGCAACCAGCAGAGACGAUAUUGAAGUUGUUGCUGUGAAUGAUCCUUUCAUUGAUGCUAAGUACAUGGCCUAUAUGUUCAAGUACGACUCCACUCACGGUCCAUUUAAAGGUUCUAUUCAUGUUGUGGAUGAUUCGACCCUGGAGAUCAAUGGGAAGAAGAUCACAAUUACAAGCAAAAGAGAUCCUGCUGAGAUUCCAUGGGGUAACUAUGGAGCAGAAUAUGUUGUUGAAUCUUCUGGUGUUUUUACGACAACUGAGAAAGCAUCAGCACACUUGAAGGGUGGUGCCAUGAAAGUGGUGAUAUCUGCACCAUCAGCAGAUGCUCCCAUGUUUGUUGUUGGAGUUAAUGAGAACAGCUAUGACCCAAAGAUGAAUGUUGUUUCCAAUGCAAGUUGCACUACCAACUGCCUUGCUCCACUUGCCAAGGUUGUCCAUGAGGAAUUUGGCAUUGUGGAGGGCCUCAUGACAACUGUUCAUGCCACAACAGCCACCCAGAAGACUGUUGACGGUCCUUCGAUGAAGGAUUGGAGAGGAGGACGUGGUGCUGGCCAAAACAUAAUUCCUAGCUCCACUGGUGCAGCAAAGGCUGUUGGAAAAGUCUUACCUGAGCUGAACGGAAAGCUCACUGGCAUGGCCUUCCGAGUUCCAACACCAAAUGUCUCUGUGGUGGAUUUGACAUGUCGGAUUGAGAAAAACGCUUCCUAUGACGAUGUGAAAGCAGCCAUCAAGGCGGCAUCAGAGGGUGCACUCAAAGGUAUUCUAGGCUACACAGACGAGGAUGUUGUUUCCAAUGACUUUGUUGGUGAUUCUAGGUCAAGCAUCUUUGAUGCCAAGGCUGGUAUUGGACUGAGCUCAUCUUUCAUGAAGCUUGUGUCUUGGUACGACAACGAGUGGGGCUACAGCAACCGGGUUCUGGACCUGAUCACCCACAUGGCUCUUGUCAGCACCAAGCACUGAUGUGCUGGGAUCCUUGCUCAUCCCCCCAGUAGCCUAGGAAAGGCUGCAAUUUUGACGGCCAUUUUCUUUCUAGCUGUUGUUUCGAAUAAGAUGAUGUGGAGGAGCACUUCGAACUGAGCAGAAAUGGACUCAGACCCAUGGCUUGUAUGUUGUAGAAGGGGUAAAAUUUGCUCGUAGUGACCAGGCAUCUCUCUACGGAACUGUUGAGUGAACUAUAUGGUUUGUCGACUUGAUUCAUUAAUUUUUAUAUGUGCCCUCUGUGUAAGGUGGUAUAAUUUGGCAGUCCUCGGAUGGAGCCAAAAUUGCAAUGAGCAAUCAUCAUUGACCAA